UCAGUCAUCCAUUGCUCAUGCUAGAGUAAAGUUUGUGGAAACGCUUGAACCAUGUUUCCAUUAUUCGUCAUUUUGGGACUGAUGGUUGUAAUUGUGCUGAUUCUAUAUCUAAUAAGCUUUCACACAUAUUGGCAGAGAAGAGGUGUAUGCCAGUUAACACCAUUGCCGCUGGUGGGAAACUAUCAGGGACUGGGCAGUAGCUAUCAUUUUCGAGAUGUCAAUCAACAAUUGUAUAAUCAUUUUAAAAGCAAAGGCCAGGCCUUUGGUGGCAUCUAUGUGUUCAUGAAGAGAGCAGCGUUGAUGGUGGACUUGGAUCUAAUCAAACUAAUUCUGAUAAAGGAUUUUGCCAACUUCCCGGAUCGUGGAGUUUACAAUAAUGCCGCAGAAGACCCUUUGUCGGCCCACAUGAUAGCAUUGGAGGGCGAAGAAUGGCGUUGCAUGCGUCAUAAAUUGACUCCUACAUUUACUGCAUCUAAAAUGAAAUACAUGUUUCCCACGGUGGUUAAAGUGGGUGAACGCUUUGCCAAGACCAUGGCAGAAAAUAGAGGCCCUACUGGGGUGUUGGAGCUUAAAGAUCUCUGUGGACGUUUUACCACCGAUGUCAUAGGCAAUGCCGUUUUUGGCAUAGACUCCAAUUGCCUUAAAAACCCCCAAGAGGAAUUUCGCAAGAUGGGUAACUCUGUGCUGACCGAUAAACGUCAUCAUGCAGUAGUGGAACAAUUCAUACUCACCAAUCCUGCUAUAGCCAAGAAAUUUCAUAUGAAACUCUUCAAAGAUGAUAUGACAAAAUAUUUUCUGAAUUUGGUUCAGCAUAUCAUGCAGCAGCGUUUAGAAAAUAAUGAGAAAAGAAAAGAUUUUAUGGAUUUGCUGUUGGAGCUAAAGGCCCAGGAUGAGGAAUUGCUUAAGGCUGAAGGCCGAGGAAUUGAUUUGUCUCAUGGUUUGACUUUGGAACAAAUCACUGCCCAAUUAUUUUCAUUUUUAAUAGCAGGCUUUGAAUCAUCCUCCACCACCAUGGCCUUUUGUCUAUACGAAUUGGCAUGUCAUCAAGAUUUGCAGGACAAAUUAAGGGAAGAAGUUGUGAACGCCCUUAAAGAGAAUCAAGGUGAAUUGUCAUUUGAGGCUAUACAGGCCAUGGGCUAUUUGGAUCAAGUAAUAUCGGAAACCUUGCGUCUCUAUGCUCCUUUAUCCUACUUGGCUAGAGUAACAAAAAAUGAUUAUCGCAUUGCCAACUCCUCGCAUGUCAUUGAGAAGGGCACCAUGGUUAUAAUCCCCACCGAUGCCAUACAUCGCGAUCCCGAAUAUUUUCCCCAGCCAAAUGUCUUCAACCCUGACAAUUUUGAGCCCAGUGUCUGCAGCCAACGCCAUAGCUGUACUUUUAUGCCUUUUGGUGAUGGUCCCCGAAAUUGCAUUGGUUUAAGAUUUGGCAAAAUGCAAACCAAAAUUGGGUUGGUGUCUUUGCUAAGGCGGUUUCGUUUUGAAUGCUGCCCUUUGACCGAAAAACCUAUACAAAUUGACAAGGGUUCCUUCUUUUUGGCCGCAAAGCAUGGCAUACAACUAAAGGUAGUCGAUUUGGAGAGUGGAUUUUAAUAUUUAUAAGCACUCUUUGAACAAAUAUAAACUAUAACCAGUAUAACAACA